UGCCAACGUGACGGCGAUGAAAGUCCAAGAUUGGUCACGAGUUUUGUAUUCUUUUGUUAGAAAAAUACAACGGUGGGUGUGACGCAUCGGCGAAGGGGGCCCCGGUUUGAGGGUCUCGUAUUUUGGCGAAAUUACACUCAUUUUAAUGAUAUUGAGGUGUUUGUUUGUGUGGAAGUGCCAACAUGACGGCGAGAAAAUUUCAAGGACUGAUUCAUGAUUUUUUACGGACUUUGUUAGAAAAAUACAAAGAGGGGUUUUUCGUGCUUGUAUCAAGAGAAUAUGUGCAAGGAAAUCGUGUCGGGGCAUAAUCACCGGUUAUUUUAUUUAAUUAAAUGUGUGUCUGUCAAUUGUCAAAAUCGUACCGAUUUGACACUUCUAGGUUAUGUAGUUCGAAAAAAAUAUUUUAUUUUAUUUUUACUAAAAACACGGUAAUUGCGUCGUUUUUGUUACAUUUCGAAUGGGGUUAUCAUGUGUGGGGUACCGGGACUGGCUAAAAGCAAUAAUACGUUCGUAAGUGCCAAUACAAACAAAUCUUGAAUUUCCCAAAGCGAUGACUAUGGAAAGCAAUUCUCACAAAUUCAAACAGAAAAAGUCACUCUCCCGGUACCUCCUCCCCAAUAAAGUCCCAAACAAGGUCGGUGUUGCAGUGAAUCGUAGUCAGAGUGCCCGGGAGCCCCGCGGGGAGCAUGACGAGGCCCCCCCGAAACGGUCAAUGACAAUUUCGAAGCGCCCUUUGAGUCUCAACGUCGCCAACAUGAGUCCCACCAAAGGCAACUCGAAUUUCCUGCAAAUCAACUCGCCUCUGGAACGGGGCACAAGUGUCUCGGAGAAUAACGUAGCUGAAGUGAGUCUCACUGAGGAGAAUGUUUUAAUGGAGAAAAGCAUCUCGCAUGAAAGUGUGAUGAAAGAAGCACAGGUCUUGUACUUGAUCCCCACGAUGCAAGCGCGUCAACGGAAUUUCCUACAAGGGAAAAUCGGGGCGAAUUCUCUCCUAGGCCCCCGGGAGUUGGACCGAGUGUUCCCCACUCGACAAGUGACAAUCUUCGUCGGGACGUGGAACAUGAAUGGGCAUACGCCCCCCAAGGAAUUGAACGAUUUUGUGCUUCCGAUUGGUAUUAAACACGUACCUGAUAUUUUAGUCUUCGGAACUCAGGAGUCCUGUUCCGAGCGAUUCGAAUGGGAGGUGUGUCUCCAAGAGACACUGGGGCCCUCACAUAUCUUAUAUCAUUCCAUUUCGUUAGGUACUCUCCACUUGGCGGUGUUCGUCCGUCGUGACCUCAUUUGGUACAUAUCGAUCCCCGAAGACGCCUCACUCUCCGUACGACCGGGAACGGCGUUCCGCACCAAGGGGGCGGUCGCUUGUUCGUUCCUCCUCUUUGGCACCUCCUUCCUCUUUGUCACCGCCCAUUUGACCGCCCACCAGGAAAAAGUCAAAGAACGUGUCUCCGAUGUGCGAAAAAUCGUCAAUUCACUCGACCUCCCCAAAGUCCUGCCCUGCAAAAACAAAAGCAAAGACGUUACCCAAAACUUCGAUUACGUUUUCUGGUCCGGUGAUUUGAAUUUCCGGUUGGCAACCCCCCGGAGUAAAGUCCUGGAGUGGUUGUCUAAGACAAGUUUCCCCCUACCGGAGCAUCUACCCCACGGGUAUUUACAUCACGAUCAAUUGUGUUCCGUAUUGGCUGAUGGGGCGGCGUUUAAGGGAUUUACCGAAGCUAAGAUUACUUUCCCCCCGACUUACAAAUACGACCCUGGGACACAAAAUUUUGACACUUCUUCUAAACAAAGAACGCCGGCUUAUACCGAUAGGAUUUUGUUUAAGCAUAGGGCGGGGCGUAGGUUUAGUGGACAGAUGGAGACUCCGCCUCUUCAAUGUUUGGUUUACGAUUCGGUUUCUUCCAUUACGACGUCGGACCAUAAACCGGUUUGGGGCGUGUUUAAGGCACAUUUAAGGCCGGGCUUGGAUACGAUACCAUUAGCGGCCGGGUUGUUUCAUAGAGAUGUUUAUUUGGAAGGUUUGAAACGUCGAGCGACUUUAAAUGAUUCCAAAGGGGCGACAGCUGUGUGUUGUAUACAAUAAAUGACCUAGUCAAGUGUCACACAUGCCUUCUACUAAGUGUACCUAUAUACUAUUCUAGUCAGCAAUAAUAGCACAAAGGGUUUUUGGUUAUGUUUCUAGUCAUUAUUUAUUUAUUGUUAAAAUAGAGUAGAGUCUAUGUACCCUUGAUGUUACAGGGUGACCAAAUAUUUUCCAAACUGCGCCUUUCUAAACUCAGUGAUAUUCUUAUAUCAGACUAAAUUCUCGAAAGUAUUUUUUCAUUCCGUCUCCGGGUCACUCCAUUGUGACUCUUGUUACUAUUUGUUGGAAAACCUAAUAAAUCUAUUCAUUGA